AUGCCUACCAACGUUGUUGUAAUAACACUGGCGACGCUGGUGCUGAGUGUCAACGCGCAGUACAUGAGGGAAGCGAUGACAGGUGCGUGCGCAAUGGCAAGGUCAUUUACAAGUAAUGUAAACAACAUCAAGGAGUUUGUUCAAUAUUUUGACGAAAGUAUGUCGGUCGCUACAAUACAUUAUAUGGCUAAUCCCGCUCCAGACUCAUUAUUAGAGUUGAAAAGUAUUAGUCGCUCACUUGGCGAUUUAGUCAACAAUCCAACGUCGCCGAAAGCAUGGCAACAGAUACAACGCUCGUUGCAGUCAGUUGUUGGCAAACAGGUACUCGCAUAUUCCGUUCUUGGUAUUAGUGUGGUUUAUCUUGUCGAUACUAUCUGCUGGAGAAACGAAAUAGAAGCACUGCUGCAGGAUACCGCUCAUCGCGAGUUUCGAGAACGGCUGGAACGCAUUCAACAACACUGGGAUCGUGAAAAAGUGCUCAUCACAGAAUUUAAAAGAAGAAUUGGUGAAGGGAAUUUCGAGUUCAAGCCAUCUGACGCACUCCUUCUUGGAAAGAUCGAGGCUCUCAUGAACAAAGCGAGGGCGCUGUUGUAUGAAAUUAGGAAAGAAAUACCAAGAGUGAAAAGCAAGUAUGCAGCAUCCAGUACUUAUGCAUUGGCAUCACUUGGAGUGGGUAGUGGCGUAGGAGCUGUAGGAUGGGCUAUUUUCGGUGGUUCACUUCCAGUAAUUGGAGGAGUGAUAGCGGCAGCCGUUGGAGCAAUAUAUAAUGUAGGAAAUAUAGGCGAUGAGAACAGGUAUAUCCGUGAUCUUGAACGCAUGGAGAGGGAUGUCACAAGACUCUAUGAAGACAUCCAGUCUGAUCACGACGAGUUAAAAUCUGUAAUGGAAGUAAUGAAGAAAUGGACUUAUGAUGUGAAGAAAUUGCACAAAGAAGUAGAGCAAUUCCAGAAUGAUCUGAAAGCGUUUCAAAGUGAUGUCAGCCAAUUUCAUAAAGAGGUACGAGAAUUUCGCGCAGAAGUUCAACAAUUCUGGAGCCACGUCAGACUCGGAAUUUUGAUCACGUUUCUUUUGAUUUGCCUUAAAUACGCUUACAAGCCUGCAGUGGAUAUGGGUCAACGAUUACUCAUGCUAAUCUACGUUUAUGUGCAGGGAUAUCAUGGCUCCUAUGCACACUCCAUAUUGUAAUAUAAAUAUUAGUAGUUCAAGG